AUGUCACAAUUCCAACCAUUUAUCGCCGGGCAUGAAGAACUGAUUCAUGACCUUAACUAUGAUUUUUACGGCAAGCGGAUAGUCACUUGUUCAUCUGAUCAAUAUAUCAAAGUUUUUGAUAAGAAGAAUACCCCAUUACUUUCUGCACCAAACACAACCGAAAACGGCGAGGAGAACAGUGAGCCUGAGUGGAAACUUUGCGACUCUUGGAAAGCACAUGACUCAUCCAUUGUCAAGGUUGUAUGGGCAAAUCCUGAGUUUGGCCAGGUGAUUGCAUCGUGCUCGUAUGAUGCAACGGUACGCGUUUUUGAGGAGGACCCGCGCGAGCCCUUUGAGUCAGGACGACGAUGGAAGAAAUGCGCAACCAUUACAGAUUUCCAUGGGGCCGUGUAUGAUAUUGCUUUUGCACCGAGUCACAUGGGUCUGAAGCUUGCGAGCAUAGAUUCGGAGGGAAUUUUCCAUAUCCAUGAGGCACCCAACCCCAAUAACUUACGUUUCUGGACCCCGUUGAUGCCUGAAGAGGCUCUUGUGACCAAACAGGCAUCCAAAAACAGACAAUCGUCCUUUUCGCUAUCUUGGUGCCCAUCUAUGUUUUUCAAAGAGUACAUUGCUGUGUCUGCACAAGACUCAGCUUAUAUCUACCACAGAAGCCCUGGAAUGGGAUCUUUCAAGCGUGUAGCUGAGCUACCUGACUGCAAGAGUAUGAUUCGCAGUAUUUCAUGGGCUCCAUCCAUGGGCCGAGGAUUUCAACUGAUUGCGACUGGUUCGAAUGAUGGUCAAAUUAGAAUAUAUCGGGUGAUUAAGACUAAGAGCCAAUCUGGACAAUCAAGCCAGCAACAACAAGUUUCUCAGUCCGUCCCACAACAGGGCCAGCAGGGUCAGCCAGGACAACCAGCUCAGCACUUUGACUCAAUGGAUAUUGACAGUGGGUUGGAUAGCAUGGCUUCGAGCACACAAGGUACAAUUACGGGAAGCACUGGAGGAUCUUCGGACUCACCAGUUACUGCGACUCUUGCUGCGGCUUUCCAAGGUCAUGACGCAGAAAUUUGGCGUGUGUCUUGGAACGUUACGGGAACAAUUCUAGCAAGUGCCGGAAGCGAUGGUAACAUCAAGUUUUGGAAGUCUUCGUACAACCACAAAUUCCAGUGUAUGGCUGUUGUUUCAGCUGAACAGCGUGGAGGAAAUAACGCGUUUGAUAUGGAUGGGAAUAUAGAUGGUUAUGCUGCUUCAUAG